ACAUACAGACAAAAAACACAAAAGAAAGCAAACCAGAAUUCCCCUGUAUUUCUACAAUAUUCCAUCAUAUAAAUUAAACCCCAACCACACCAACAUCACAAAAUCCCAUUCAUUUCAGCUUCAAAUCAAAUCCAAUUGAAAUCAAAAAUAAAAAGGAAAAAAGAAAAAGUAAAGACCUCUCAACACAUGGCUGCUUCAAUCCCAUUUACAGGUAUCAACUCCUCAAGGGUGCUUCCCAUUCCUAGAGAACCACACCACCCAUUUUCCCAUUUGCUCUCAAACAUGUCAAAGUUUGCAUCUUUGAGAACCCCUUCUUCUUCUUCUGCUUCUUCUUCUUCUUCUUCUGUGUCUUGCUCUCUCACCAAAGACCCUUACUCUGUUGUGCCAUUGGAGGAACAUAGCAAAAUGGAUAAUGGGUCGGUUCUGCUUCAGAGACCCGAUUCGUUUGGGAGGUUUGGCAAGUUUGGAGGGAAGUAUGUCCCUGAGACUCUGAUGCAUGCUCUCACUGAGCUUGAGGCUGCUUUUUAUUCCCUCUCUGCUGAUGAAGAGUUUCAGAAAGAACUAGCUGGGAUUCUAAAAGAUUAUGUUGGACGGGAGAGUCCUCUUUAUUUUGCUGAAAGGUUGACGGAGCAUUACAAGAGGCCUAAUGGUGAAGGGCCUCACAUUUAUCUGAAGAGGGAAGAUCUCAAUCACACCGGGGCUCACAAAAUUAACAAUGCUGUUGCUCAAGCUUUGCUUGCUAAGAGGUUGGGCAAAAAACGCAUUAUUGCUGAAACUGGAGCGGGUCAGCAUGGAGUUGCCACUGCUACUGUAUGUGCUCGAUUUGGUUUAGAAUGCAUUAUUUAUAUGGGCGCACAGGAUAUGGAAAGGCAGGCUCUCAAUGUUUUCAGAAUGCGUCUUCUUGGUGCUGAGGUGAGACCCGUCCAUUCUGGGACUGCUACACUGAAGGAUGCGACAUCAGAGGCUAUAAGGGACUGGGUAACUAAUGUGGAGACAACUCAUUAUAUUUUGGGUUCUGUUGCUGGGCCGCAUCCAUAUCCAAUGAUGGUAAGAGAGUUUCAUGCUGUGAUUGGCAAGGAGACCAGAAAGCAAGCUUUGGAAAAGUGGGGAGGGAAACCAGAUAUUCUGAUUGCAUGUGUUGGUGGAGGUUCAAACGCCAUGGGACUUUUCAAUGAAUUUGUUGAUGACAAAGAUGUUAGGCUAAUUGGCGUGGAGGCUGCUGGAUUUGGCCUGGACAGUGGCAAGCACGCGGCAACGUUAACGAAGGGAGAAGUUGGGGUUUUACAUGGAGCUAUGAGCUACCUGCUGCAGGAUGAUGAUGGACAAAUAGUUGAGCCUCACUCAAUUAGUGCAGGCUUGGACUACCCUGGUGUGGGUCCGGAACAUAGCUUUUUGAAAGAUUUAGGGCGUGCUGAAUAUCAUAGCAUCACAGAUGAAGAAGCAUUGGAAGCUUUUAAGAGAGUUUCGCGACUUGAAGGCAUAAUUCCAGCUCUGGAAACAUCUCAUGCGUUGGCAUAUCUAGAGAAAGUGUGUCCAACCCUUCCUAAUGGAGCCAAGGUUGUGGUUAACUUCAGUGGCCGGGGUGAUAAGGAUGUUCAAACUGCUAUCAAGUGCUUGAAGCUUUGAAAGGGUUGUCAUGAACUUGUGUGGAGCUGUGGAUUGGCUGCUGACUGAGCUUUAUUUUCAUACUUAUGAGACAUAAUUAAUACAAUUUAUCAUUAGACCAAGUUAAAUAAUCAUGUAUAUUUGUAUCAGAGAACUGUUGCUAUUCAAUCCUCAAUCAACUUAGUUUUAUGUUAUAAUAAAAUUUGUGGCUAAAUGCUGUAAAAUCUUAUCUGCAAGAAGCUUGUAGAUGUAAACAAGUUCGGUGUGUUUGUUGAGAGCUAUAGAGGUGAACAAGUUUGCAUGUCUAAUGACUGGUUUGACCUUGAAAGUUGACGAUGGAAAUAAACUAAAGGCCCGUUUGUCA